CGGAGCGGCACCGCCGGCGGGACCCACAACAACUCCCGCCUCUCGCUCCGAGAUGCCCGGCCGCGUCUCUCCGAGCCGGCGCCGGGCGUAGCGCAGGCGGGGGAAGCCUUUUGCAUGUGGACAGAGGGAGGACGGACGGAGAUGGGCUUCUACAUCAGCUCCCUCUCCCGAGCGCCCUACGGCAAUGGGGCACCGCCAGAGUCGUCGCGCCCCGCUGCCAAGCGCUACCAGGCGGCGCCCAGCUACAACUACAGGUGGACGGAGCUGCACUACGAAGCCAGUCGUGGCAACGUGGAGAAGCUGAAACAACUCCUUCUGACCUCAAGCAGGGAGCUGGUGGACAGGAAAGAUUAUUACGGCAAGACGGCCCUCUACUGGGCUGCCUACAAGGGGCAGAGGCAUUCGGUGGAGCUGCUCCUGCAGCACGGCGCCAACGUCAACACCUGCUGCAAACACGGGGGGACCCCUCUCCACGCAGCCGUCGGCCUCUUCCCCGACUGCACCCUGCUGCUCAUCCAGCACGGCGCAGAUGUGAAUCUGAAGGACAACUGGGGAGUGACCCCCAUGUACCUGGCUGCAUGCAGUGGACAGACAGAGUGCAUCCGGUUGCUGGUGCAGGCUGGGGCCUGCAUUUGCUACAGAAACAAGAAAACGGGAGCCCCUCCCAAGCGCCUCGUCUCACAGCCGGCGUUGAUGUCCUGGAUGGAUUCCUGCCGCCAGCAGCCCCUUUCCCUCAAGCACCUCAGCCGUCUGUCCAUCCGGACUGCCCUGGGCCACAGGAGACUCCAAGCCAUCAGGGACUUGAACCUCCCUCCGCUGCUGAAGCAGUACCUUAUGUUUGAAGACCUGGCUCUGCUCGACAGGUUGUAGCCUCGCGAGGCGCAGAAUCGGCUCCUCCCGGCUGCCGCUGCUUCU